UCGAGUCCGACGGCUCGUCGCUGGCUCAGGGCUUGGAGGCUGGGGUUGGGCUGGCAAAAUUUGCGUGUGGCCACCACCAGGGCAUUGCUUCUCCGAACUUUGGGCCACACAUUCGUCACUCGUCAUGCUGGCGAAGUCCGUGAGCGCAGCUGCCGGGCCCGGUGGCAGGAGAUGCCUGUGCUGGGAUAUGUGGAUAUAUGGAUGCGGUCGCGUCUGUCGUCGUGGUCGAAUGCCAUUCAUCGACCCUACGGCAGUCGAGGCUGGCCGUCUCCGCCCAUACCUCACCGCCUCAUAUUAUUUUCCACUGUGACCCAACCCGCACCAGCAGACCUCGACCGCCAGCGACCAGCCUCCGGUGCAUGCACAUAUCAGAGACUGCUGCCCACCGGCCCGUUGCACGCACGCCAGCAAACCGACCCUCGACAACCGUCUGCCCUCGCUAUCCUACCUGCAUAUACACUGCGAGUCGCGCAAGCACGGAAUACCACAUUGCUCCCGGCCUCCCCUUUGGCGAACACACUGCUGCGUUGCAGUGAGCGGCAUGUUCUAAAACGAAGAGCCACUCCUUUGAAACGCAGACGGCCCCGGGCUCGAGGAGAUUGGCUGACAGGUGCUCGUUCUGAAAUAGCCUCCGCUCCCUGCAAACAACUGGCGGGCAGCGAAUCGACGGCUGGGUGUCUUGAAACACGCCUUCUCUGGGGACGCUGCACCUCUUCCUCCCACUUGGCUCAGGCAUCCGAAGACAGCCAGUUAACCGCCUGGCCCGAGUUGCUGCUGCCGCGCACCCAAGCGAAACGCAGGCGGCGAGGGCGCUCCAUUGGCUCCGGGCCUGCAGCCUCCCAGGCGCGCUAUUCCCCGCCAGCAUUCCUGAGGGCAGCUUCAAAAGUAGCAUCGCUGUGCGUCCCACCGAGGGGGCCGCAGGAUAAGUAUCACGCUUCGUCGCGGAUACACUCGUUUUCGGUCAGUGCAGUUCGCUUUGAUAUUUCAUCCCUUCUCCCAUUCAUCCCCCUCCUCCCUCCCUCCCUUGAACCGGCAGGCACGAUCCCCCCCCCGCUCGCCGGCCAAUCACGAGCAUCCACACCUCCCUCCCCUUCCUGGCAGUGCCACUCCCAGACUCUCCUUGCAGUCUGCCCCGUCGCUCUUCCCUUUCCUUCUCAACAGCAUUGCGCCUUCCGCCGGCCGGAAUCAAUCCCUCUUAAUUCGCACCGGUCUUUUGUUUCAACCUCGUCUGUUUCCGCACUCUCAAGCCACCUCGUACAGCCUCGGACUCAGCUUACACACGCUUGGACAGCCCGACAUACCUUGUUGAUCCUGAGUUUCCGCCUCGCAGGGCUCAUUCUAAUUCGAGGAGCCCGGUAUUCCUACUUCGGAACCGACACAUCAGCAAUAUACACGGCUGAAGCACCAGUGCUUUAAGACCUCCGCACG